UCUCUCUCGACAAAUAACAACCACACGUUUUUUCUUCUAUUAUGUUAUUCUCUCUCUGCUCGUGUUCUGUGUUCUGCUGCUCUGCACUUUUGUGUUCUUCUCCUCUCUUCAUCUCUUCCGCGAAACCAACAGCGACCACCUCCACAUUCACUUUCAUGUCUCUCUUCAUCAAUUUUCCUUCUUUUCUUCAUGUCCACACAAAAGAUAAUAUAAAGACGCAAUUACCAUAAAAAAUUCAUCCAACCCAGUAAAACCCAGAAUCUCAAUUCAAAAAUGAAGUGCCAUUUCCAUGAAAAUCAGGCAAACCAAUACAACCCAAUAAUCAUAUUCACGUUCAACCCACAUUCACUAGCCAAAUUCAUAGAAUAUCAACUAUUCGAAGACUCAAGAAUGAAGAGAGAUUGGGAGUCGAGUGGAGAGAGAGGAGCGGGCGACUGAAGGAGAGAAAGAGAGGCUUGGUUGUCGAUUAAAGGAGAGAGAGACUCGCCCAGAUUCACCGCCCAGCGAAUUCCGCCCAGCCACACAGACGCCCAGGCGCUGCCAAGUCCGCCUAGGCGCCCGCCAAGUCCACCUAGGCGCCCGCCCAAAAUCAAACCGCCCAAGAGCACCGAUUAGCCAUUAAUCGAGUCGGAGACUCACCGCCCAGCGCCUAGGCGGCCUGGGCGGCCGAGUUUUAGAACACUGAAUGCAGUUAUGUAUAUAUAGACUUCUCAUUUAACUAAGUAUUCCUAUUUUGCAGGAAAAGCGUCGUGAGCAACAAGAGAGGCGCAGCUUGAAUAAGUAUCCUCAUAGAAUGUCCCAUAAGGGAUAUGUAGGGUUGGAGGAUGAGUUGGCUACCAGAAUGAGUGACGAAGAAGUUGAUAGGGCCACUUUGUGGAUAAAAGGACGGCAAACAAAGGAUGGCAGUUUCAAGGAUGAGGAGUCAAAAAAGACUGCUGAAAAGAUAGCAAACUUGAAGAGAAAGGUUGCUAGUGGAGAACUAAAUGCUGAAGGAACAAAUGAUGUCUUGACAUUGGCUUUGGGGACUCCAGAGCAUGGGGGAAGAGUGCGGGGAAUAUGAGGUUUUGUCACUCCCUCUACUUACUUCCACCUCCCUAAACGUAGAAAGGAGAGCAUAGAAGCUACUGUCAGAGUUAGUGUGUAGAAAAUAUUGUUAGAGGAGGCAAGGGAGAAGAUACUAGAGGAGGCAAGGGAGAGGAUAAUACAGGAAGCGAAAGAAAAAAUACUUGCAGAUGAGCGGGCUAUGUGGGAGGCCAAGUUUGCUGAACUUGAAGCAAAGGUAAAUGGAAAACAAGGUGCAACUAUUCAGCCACUUGCAUCUGGCCAAGGAAGUUGCUCAAGGACAGUAGAUGAGAUUGCUCAAGAAUCGGAUAAAGCUCCGUUGGAAGAAGUAGCAAACAAUGUGGAUGGAACUAAAAUUCGGAGCAUUUUUGAAGCAAAGGAAAACAAAACCCUCAUGCAUAAAAGGAAACGGACAAAGGUGGUUAAGGAAGGUAGGUUGGAUAAACGUCCUUGCUCCAAGGGAGGUAAUGAGUUUCCCAAGUUGGUUGAGAAAGUAGUUGUCAACCGUGAGGAUGUCACUGAGGAUGUUGAAGAAAAUGUCAAUCUGACCAAGGAGCCGGAGAAUGAGGAGGGGGUAGAAUACGUGGAUUUGAUGAUGUGUCCACCCACAUCAAAGUCAAAGGUAGCUGAGGUUGAAUGCAAGUUGGCAAUAGGUUCUGUUGAACAUAUUGUUGUUUGUGCCACUGUUAUGGAGUGCGAGGAUCCUUCCCAACUCGUUCAUGGCACUCCACUAAGGGAUGGCAAUGUGCGCGUUUCUAUCUAUGCCGCGCUUGAGGAGAAAGCAAAAGUGCCAUUUCCUGUGAAAGAUGAUCGAAAUUGAAACAGUGAAGCAGGCUAUGGGGAGUUGGGUAGCAUGGCCUAAACACCUAGUCAUAAAAUCACAUCUCAAGAAACCUCCCAAGGAUAGUGCUGAAAAGAAGAAGAAAAGGAAAGUGAUAGGGGGAGAGGACUCGGAGAUUGAAUUUGGCUUGGCUAAAUUGGCACCAUCAUUACCAGCUUCAUUGAAGAUGUUAUGUUUGUGGGGUGAAGAUGCAUUCAAAGAUGGGCAUACAAUCAGCUUCUACAUGGAGCCUGAAGUGUUUGGAUUUUCUCGCAAGACUUAUAUAUUGGGAAAAGAUGUUCGGCGACUGGCAAGCAUGAGGGAAUUAACUGGAACUUGCAUUGUAGUGUACCAGAGGUACCUCUAUGAUCAGUUGAAGGCUUAUAAAAUGCUUGACAUGGUUGCAUUUGUUGACCCUUCACUUGUUGGUGCUGUGGGGUGUGGGAAUGGAACUGUCAGGGCCCAACACAUCAAAGAUAGGCUUGCAACUGCUAAACCAGGACAGAUGUUCAUGUUGCCAUUUAACUCGGGUGAUCAUUGGACUUUGACACUUGUUGAUCCGGACAAACAAAGCGCCUAUUUUAUGGACCCGCUAAAAAGACGCUUACCCACAGGAGAUUGGAUGUCUAUCGUGGAAACUGCUAUGCGUAUGUAUAAUGCUGAAAAGAAAAAGCAAGCUAGGCCGGAGUUCAGUCCAAUGGAAAAAUUUGGCUCUGGUCAACAGUCUCUUUUCUGCGCGGGCGUGUCAGCACCGUUCGGGUGUGGUCGUUGGGGGUGUCUCUUGACCUGACUUCUUUCAAGCGAUUGUAGACGAGGAGAGCACCAACCUCGUCGUGGGGAUUCUUUCUGCCUCGUGGUGAGGACUUUGCUGAAGUUUCUUCUUGUUAACACAAUCGAUACUCAAGAUCGAGCAGAGCGACAUCACCGGGAAGUGUUGAGAUCUUGCUAAAGCGUGACUUUAGCUUGGCUGGGUUGCUAGGGCGUUACCCUUGCUUGGCUGGUUCCGUAACCGUUGUGGUCGCGGUACUACAAUCGGCUCCCGAGGAGACUAGGACCGAAGUAAGUUGACAGAGGGUUUGGUGGCACUGAAAGUCGGCUUCUGAGAAGACUAGGACUUGGAGUGUGAUCACCGGUAAGAGAAAGAGAACGAGAGGAGUUUCUCUUAGAGAGGUUUGCUCUAGAGAGACUUAGAUCAUCUUAGAGAUGUAUUGAUGAGUGAAUUGUGUUGUUAAUUGUGUUUCAUUGUAACCUCUAUUUAUAGGCUACCAUGCCAAAGUGUUUAGCAUUAAACAAAUGAUAGUGGAGCAUUAAUUGGAGAUCAGAAA